ACGUUGUUGCUCAACCUUCGAGGGGUGUGUUGAGGGACGGACUGGGAGGAGGCUUGUUUUACGCGUGUACUAAGAUACAGAGGAACCCCGAACUAAACAGGAGAAAAGCGUUUUCCUCCGUGGACGUGUUGUGAGGUGCUGACGUCGAGCAGUGAACCGCCGGACAAGAACAGCAGCAGCAGCAGCAGCAGACAUGAGGUUUCAGGCUCUUUUCUUCCUUCUGCUCCUCGCGUGCAUGUACCUGAGUCUUGCACAAGGCUCGUACGGCAACUGCUGCCUCCGCUACAGUCGGAAUGCAAAGAAACUUCACAUUAAAAUGGUGAACAGGUACUGGAUGCAGGAGACAGAUGGGGACUGCAACAUCCGAGCUGUUGUGGUUGAGUUGAAGAGGAGGGAUCGGAAUAACAAGCCACUGACCAUCUGUGUCGAUCCAGAAAUGGCCAAAAUCAGGAUUCUGGUGGACUUGAUGGAAUCCCUUGGAAUGCGUGCAGAUCGUAGAAGACCAUAAAGAAGACACGGAUGACGGAGGAGAGAGGCCUGAGGGCCCUGAGGGGCCCGAGGGGCCCGAGCCCCCCCCCCCCCCCCCCCCCCCCCCAGGCAUCACCUAUCACCUUGUACCAGAUGGAUAACGUUUCCUGUUUGGGGGCGUAGAAUGUAAAUCAAAUAUACAGCUCCCUAUAGCACAACGAACCCUAUGUUAUAGCCAGUAUAUGCAAGACUUACACGCUUAAAUGAGCCAUGAUGACUAUGAUACUGUUCUCUGCUCUGUGAUAAGUAGAGCCUGCUAGCGAUGAGCCUCUAUUCGGCAGCUUUGAAAUGUUUUUGUGCAUUCGUGCAUGUUUCUUGAAUGUGAUAAAUAAGUGGAGAAACCACUUUGGGGAUAAGCAAGAGAGCUUUUAUAUAGAACAGACUUCCAGAUUUUUUUAAUCAAUACUAAUCCUAUGUACCUUUUCUUACUAUAUCAAAUAAAUAAAGAGGAUUAUUCAUCUUAAAAUGAA